AUGCUGAUACACGUCACUGCUUCUUUUGAUGGAAACAAAUUUGUAAGGUUUUCUCUGUUUUUCAGGCAUGAUUUUUUGAAAUACAAUGAAUCCCGUUUAAGAGAAUUGCCAUGCCAAAUACUUGAUCCUAUUCCACUGGGAAAGGGUGCCGGUAUUGGAUAUAUGAAAGGGGUUGACUCCAAGGAAAUCCCCGAAGGUUCAACUCUAUAUGAUCUGGUUCAAAUGGGAAUUCAGCAAACACAUGCGGCUGUUAGUGCGGUUGUUCGUUUAAGAAAAGAGUUAUCACUUGUGAAAGAUAUCCCUGUUCUUAUUGCAAUUGAUCAAUAUAACAACUGGUUUACAUUCAGUGAAUAUGAAGAGCCAGUCACUAUUCGUUCUUGUCGACCAGUGCAUUCUAGAGAAUUGACAAUGGUGAAUGCCUUUAGGUCUAUGAUGCAUGAUGAAAUGAUGGUGGGUGCUUUCUCUCACUCAACUGCCGUGGGAAAGCUUCGCAAAGACUUAGCAGAUGUUCUGGUGGAUGCCCGUUUUAAUUUGCCUCGCUACAACAUUGAUGAAGCAGCAGCAGUUUGCCAUUACUACCUUAGGUAUGUUUAAGGAGUUACAGACUUUCUGGAUUUCAGAUU